AUGCUGCGACAAAUUGCGGCCGAGCGGUUUCCACUUUCACACGCCCACGUCAAAGCCCAUUCGGGCCACGUUGCAAAUGAGCUAUGUGAUGAGGCCGCCAAGCGUACUCGACGAUGCCAGCUGCAAUGUUCGGGCGACCUGCUUCCUGUCUGGCCGGGUCGCCUGUUUGCCCAUCCCCUCAAGGCGUGGGCCUGGUUGCCUCCGACGGGUACUGUGGAUAUGCCCACCCUCUUCAGUUUCGAGUCUGAGGCUUUCCGGUUGCAGCGGCAAGACCUUCUCCCAACCACAGGCCCCAGCCUUGGCCUCUGCCAAGGCCGACCUGGCCGGGGCCCUGUGUCCCAUCACAUCCGGCUGGUCACUGCGAAUAUCUUGACUUUGCUUGACCCCCGCUCUGGUCAGCCUCAACCUGCUUCCUGCGAGUCCGUUGGCAUGCGUGUCGUUGCCAAGCGUGAAGUCAUCAAGAAGCAGUUCCUGGAGGCCGGUGUGCUUUUAGUCGGCCUGCAGGAGACCCGCCUCCAGCAUUCAGCCGUGCUACCGGACUCUCACUUUGUUAUGCUUCAUGCCGGGGCCAAUAGCCUCGGGCAUUUCGGCGUUGCACUCUGGGUCAACACCAGUGUCCCUUACGCCAAAUGGAGUGAUACUCCUCGGUUCUUCGAGAAGGGCCAUUUCACUGUCACUGCGGCGGAGCCCCGUCUCCUUGUUGUGCAGGUCCGAGCACCUGGAGCCCUGUGGACCAUUGUUGUUGCGCAUGGCCCAUCUGAGCCCCCUUCUCCUGAAGGCACAGCCGCGGACUUUUGGGGCCGAUGUGCUCAUGUUGUGGGGCGCCGCCCCCAAGGCUCUGCCGUCAUCGUUUUGGCAGAUGCCAAGGCUCAUGUAGGGAGCUUGCCCUCUGACUCGAUUGGACCGCUCGCUCCUGAAGAAGAGAACUCCUCGGGCGCUGCCUUUCAUGAGUUUUUGGCCAGGCUCGAGUUAUGGGCUCCAUCUACGUUUCCUGAGUGCCACUACGGAGCCAGUCACACGUGGCUCUCACCCUUUGGUCCCUCUCACCGUUUGGACUUCAUAGGGAUUCCCAUUGCAUGGCCUGCCGCCAGUGCCUCCUCCCAUGUAUGGGAAGACUUUGAACACCUCCAGGUCAAGGACGACCACCUGCCUCUUGUCCUUGAGCUUGGAUUUGAGGAAGGCUCCCGGCCCGCCCAUGCUGAGACUUUUCGCAGGCGUGCAGUGCGGCCUCCCAGAAUGCAUGAGCCCCCUGGUGCUUAUGUCCAGGCCCUCCAACACUUCUGCGACAGUCCCCAGGCAUCCUGGUCCGCCCCUAUCGAUGCUCAUUACCUGGACUUAAUCAAGACUUGGCGGGCCGAAGGCCAGGCACUUUGCCCUGCCCCCCAAGCCCGGCGGCCUUUCCAGACCUAUCUCUCCGGCCCCACCUUGCAACUGGUUGAGUGGCGGAAGGCUUGGAGAGUCCAUGUUCGGGCAGUACGGAGGCAAGCCAAUGCUCGCCGCCUCGCUUUUGGCUUUCUGUCCUGGCAAUGUCUUGCCCGGGGUGUUGCCUAUUCCCGUGCUCAAGCUGAUGGCUUGUAUCGACGGGUUCGCCUGCUUGAUACAGACAUUGCCCAAGCUGCCCACAUGAUUGCCUCUCUUGGGCGUCAGAUCAAGCAAGCCACCCGCUCGGACAGAGCCACUUAUCUUUCAGGCCUCGCGGAGGCCGUAUCUCUUGCCGAUCUCCGGGACCCGCGGCGACUCUAUGAGAAGGUUCGGAAGGCUUUUCCCUCCGCUAAAGCCUCCCGCCGCUCGUCCUUCCAGCCCCUUCCCGCUGUGCAGACCGCAGAAGGUCGCCUUGCGUGCAGCCAUGCGGAACGUGAGGAAUGCUGGCGUUCCCACUUUGCUGAGCAGGAAGCUGGGGAGGUCGUGGACUCGUCCUCCUACAUUGCCAUUCUCCGUGAUCAGAAGACCCGGGGCCGCCAUGCUUCGCCAGUCUUUGAGAUCGGCAGUGUACCUACUUUGGCCGGUGUGGAACAGACCAUUGUGGGUCUCCCGGCGGGCAAAGCCGCCGGUUAUGACGGCAUCACAGGCGAAUUGCUUCGUGUACAUGCUCCGUCUUCCGCGCGCCUUUUGCUUGCCGUCUACACCAAAAGUGCCCUUGGUAUCUCCGAGCCACUGGAAUUCAGAGGAGGCUCUUUGCUGCCGUUAGCAAAGAAAGCGGGGUCUGUCCUCGCUUGCGAGGGUUUCCGGAGUAUCUUGAUUUCCAGUAUUCCGGGGAAAAUCAUGCACAGGCAGUUUCGCAACCAGCUGUUGGGCCCUUUGCAGACUGUGGCCUCCGAGCUACAAGCUGGAGCCUUGCCAGGUGUGUCGACGGAGGCUGUGGCCAUGACGGCCCGCACGUUCAGGGACAUAGCUCGCAGUCUCCGUCUCACCACUGCUCUUACCGUCUUCGACAUCCGUGCAGCCUACUAUAGAGUGCUUCGCCAGGUCCUCACCCGCGUUGAUGACACUGAUUGGGCCUUUCGUCGCCUCAUGCACGAUGUUGGGGUCCCUCCCGAGGCUUUGGCCGAAUUGGAGGCCAAGCUUCGGGGCAUUGGUGUGCUUGCCGAAGCCGGCACUCCCGAACACCUGCGUCGGAUGCUUGCGGACGCGCUGCAGGGCACAUGGUUCAGACUUGAUACCUGUGCGAUCUUGACAAUGACGCACCGGGGCGUUCGCCCCGGCGACUGCUUGGCCGAUGUGCUGUUUGCAUUCUCAUUUAGUGCCUAUAUGGCCGCGGCAGAGGCCCGUCUGCGGGAACUGGGGCUGGCUACGGACCUGCCGUCCGCCUCCGAUGACUCCCUUACUGCCGUCCCUGUCGUCCAAGGACACUUGACUUGUGCCUCGUGGGCGGAUGAUUUCGUCCACAUGGCCUCUGCUGCCAAGCGGUGUCUCCUUGUUCCCAAGGUCGUUCGUUGUGUUCAGGUCUUCCUCGAACAGGCUGAGGUUGCAGGCAUUCGCCUUACGUUUGCACGGGACAAGACCGCCACCCUCCUUGAGGAUGAGGGAGAAGGCGACCCGCUUGUGCUCCGUGACGCGGAGGGCUCCUACUUGGAAGUCCGCAGCGCAGUUACUUCCACCUGUGUCCGCCUCCCCAUUGUCUCUGCGUAUCGGCACCUCGGUGGAAUCGUCACUGCAUCUGGGACGCCAGCACCGGAGGUGCAUUACCGGCACUCGUUGGCGGCUGGGGUGAUUCGCCCCCUCAAGGCCAAACUCUUUGCUGCCCCGGGUAUUCCCCUUGCGACCCGAGCCCUUUUGCUCCGUUCUCUUGCGGUCUCCCGGUUCACCUUUGGUAGUGCUGCGAUUGUACUUACGGCAGCCAUACACAGCAGACUUUGGGCCCGUUUGUACGUUUCUGUCUGGCGCUCCCUCUGGAAGCGCGGCAAGGGUGAUCCCACCUUACACUCAUAUGAGGUCCUACGCAGGGUUGCUGCUCCGCCCCCUCCCUUGGCUCUCGCAUUGGCUCGUGCAGUCUUUCUUCGACAGCUGGUCAAAGCCGGUCCGGCUCCACUGCUACAUCUCCUCCGUGUCCAGUGGCAGGGGACAUUGCUCACGUCAAGCUGUACCUUCCUGAGCUUGCUGGUUUCCUCCUUGCUUGAGCUUGUCUGGGAGAAGCCUGCUUGGUGGGUCGCGACUGUCAAACGGGCCUGCAAAUGUGCCCAAGCCGACCUUGAAAAAUGGCGUGUUGACAAGGACCGGCAUGAGCACUCCGGUCCCGCCCCUGCACCUGUUCGGCCCCGCGAUUCGGGUGCCUUUGCGUGCCAAUGGUGCGGCGCCCGGUUCCCGAUGCGCAAGCACUUGGGGGCUCACCUUGCGAAGUCCCACGGCAUCUUUUCGCCCGCCCGUCACCUUGCUUUUGGUGACACAUGCAUCAGUUGCCUUACCUGCUACCACUCGGUUUCCCGGGUUCAGGCGCACUUGAAGCAUUCGGACCACUGCCUGCGACGGUCCUGCCUUCUCGCGCCCCCCUUGACUGUCCCUCAAAUCCGCGAGGUCGAGGCGCAGGAAACCAAGGCCCGCAAAAGGGUCAAACAUGGUCAUUGGGCUGAAUAUUCAGCCACCCUGCCCGCAAUGCGAAGUGACGGCCCAAAGGGUCUCACAGCAGCGGAAAGGAUUGACAUUUGCGGCGAGGACCUUGAUUUGGCGACCCUUUCGAGGUUGCAUCGGCCUCAGCCCUCUUUUCUGUCCUGGAUUGAUGCCUUCAUCGCAGACCGUUCGCGCGAAGGACCGCGCAGCGGGACUGCCUCGUUCUGGCACUCCAGGCCGGCGUUUCACCCGAAUUCAGCAUGA